AUGGACAUGAAGAAGUCACCUGAUGGCGGAUGGGGCUGGGUGAUUGUGCUGGUCUCCUUCUUUACCCAGUUUCUGUGCUAUGGAUCCCCGAUAGCGGUCGGAGUCUUGUACUUAGAAUGGCUGGAUGCCUUUGGUGAAGGGAAAGGAAAAACAGCCUGGGUCGGAUCCCUAGCAAGUGGAGUCGGCUUGCUUGCAAGUCCUAUCUGCAGCCUCUGUGUCUCCUCGUUUGGCGCGAGACCUGUGGCGAUCUUCAGUGGCUUCAUGGUGGCCGGAGGCCUGAUGCUGAGCGGCUUUGCCCCUAACAUCUACUUCCUGUUCUUUUCCUAUGGCAUCGUUGUAGGUCUCGGAUGUGGUUUAUUAUACACUGCAACAGUGACCAUUACGUGCCAGUAUUUUGACAGCCGCCGAGGCCUUGCACUUGGCCUGAUUUCAACAGGUUCAAGUGUUGGACUUUUUAUCUACGCUGCUCUGCAGAAGCUGCUGAUUGAGUUCUACGGCCUGGAUGGGUGCCUGCUGAUUGUGGGUGCUCUAGCUUUAAACAUAUUACCCUGCGGCAGCCUGAUGAGACCCCUCCCGACCUCCGAUUGCCCUUUGCCUGAGAAGACAACUCUGGAAAGUGUGCCAGAUAGAUACUCCAUCUACAACGAAAAAGAAAAGAACCCGGAAGAAAGCAUCAACAUCCUUGAAAAGAGCUACGGGGGCGAGGACACCUGCAGGAGCACGCUGGCCAACGGUGACUGGAAGCAGGACGGCCUCCUCCAUCAGAACCCAACAGCCAUGGCACACACAAAGGAGACGGAGACCUACAGAAAGAAAGUGGCAGAACAGACAUAUUUCUGCAAACAGCUUGCCAAGCGGAAGUGGCAGUUGUAUAAAAACUAUUGCGGGGAAACGGUGGCCCUCUUCAAAAACAAAGUCUUUUCGGCACUCUUCAUCGCUAUCUUCCUUUUCGACGUUGGAGGGUUCCCACCUUCGUUGCUUAUGGAAGACGUCGCGAGAAGCUCAAAUGUGAAAGAAGAGGAGUUUGUGGUGCCUCUGAUUUCCAUUAUUGGCAUUAUGACAGCCGUUGGCAAACUCCUGCUGGGGAUACUGGCUGACUUCAAGAGGAUUAAUACCUUACAUCUUUACAUAGCUACCUUAAUUCUCAUGGGCCUGGCCUUGUGUGCUAUUCCAUUUGCCAAAACGUAUGUCAUGUUGGCCAUACUUUCUGGGAUCCUAGGGUUUCUUACUGGCAAUUGGUCCAUCUUCCCGUAUGUGACCACAAAGACUGUGGGGAUUGAAAAGUUAGCCCAUGCCUAUGGGAUACUAAUGUUCUUUGCUGGACUCGGAAAUAGCCUUGGACCACCAAUUGUUGGUUGGUUUUAUGACUGGACCCAGACCUAUGACAUUGCAUUUUUUUUCAGUGGCUUCUGCGUCCUGCUGGGAGGUUUUAUCCUGCUACUGGCAUCCUUGCCUCCCUGGGAAACACGCAACAAGCAACUCCCCAAGCCAGCUCCAGCAGCCUUUGUGUACAAAGUCGCCUCUAAUGUUUAG